AUGCAAUAUCUGAAAGCAGUCGUGAAGGAGACUUUGCGUCUCCAUCCUCCGAUCGCUACUGCGGGCCGAUCCGCUAGAGAAGAUGUUAAGGUCAUGGGGUAUGAUAUCCCACGUGGCACAAUGGUCCUGAUCAAUAACUGGGCUAUUGGUCGGGACCCCAAGUUCUGGUGUGAACCCGACAAGUUUAUGCCCGAGAGAUUCUUGAAUAAUAAUAAUAGUUCCAUGGAUUUCAAGGGGCUGGACUUCAAUUAUAUUCCGUUCGGGGCCGGGAGAAGGGGCUGCCCGGGGAUUAGUUUCGCGACGGCGAACAUCGAACAUGUGCUGGCGAGUCUUGUGCGGAAUUUCGAUUGGGAGUUGCCCGACGGUACGGAGCCCCGUGAUUUGGACAUGACUGAACAUCCUGGUACUGCCGUUCAUAGGAAAUCUCCACUUUUAGCUGUUGCAACUCCAACUCGCUGUUAUUUCUAG